AUGGAAGCCUUGGUCUGUGCAUUCUCUGAGCUGCACAUAGGAGAAGAUGCAGUGAGCUGGGCCCACGGACAACCCAGCCACCCCGACACACCAGCCAACAUCUACGAGGGGGGACUGGGGGCCCAGCAGCAGCAGUGCCCCAGUGCCCAGGGAAGCAAGCCCAAGAACUUCCGGCUGCGCCACCUCCGGGGCCUGGCUCUCUACCUGCAGGGCCACAUGCAGCCCGCCGGCCAGUGUGAGAGCCACUGGCUGGGCCAGCUCAUGGCAGGAGGCUGCCUGCCACAGCCUGAGGGCACAGCCUGGCCCCUGGACCUGCCAAAGGGGACUGUGGGCCCAGGUAACAGCCACUGCUCAGCCCUUCUGGAAGCCCAACUGCCCAGGGACAGCCUGGGAAACACAGCUUCCAGCUCCAGCAUGGACCCAGCCAAGGAUGCCCCCUCCCAGCCCGGUCCCCCCCAGGGCUUGGGGCUCAGGCCCAAGAGGUCCUGGGGGGCCUCAGAGGAGGCCACGUGUCCCUUGUGCAAGAGAACCCGCUCUGGGGCCCUGGAGAGGCUGUAG